UUCCGGUAUGUUAGGUGCUGCUUGUAUUAGAGGGUGUCGCUUAUACCGUUAAAAGUAGGCUUUUAACGUUUGCUUGCUUGUUACCGGCAAACCUACCUGUGAAGAAAAAAAUAGCCACGGAUACUUGUUGUCUACAACAUUGGAUACAUACAAACAUAUCACCAGAUAAUAUAUAUUUGUAUACAUGUAUAUAUAACUAUAUAUCUAUAGAUAUAUGAGUAUGCACUUGUAGGAUAUGUGUUACUGUAUAUCAAUGUAUAUAUAGAAUUUAAAAUAUUUUUUUUACAAAAAAAAACCCCAGCUUUGUUGUUGGUGGAGGAGGUGGUGAUUUUGUCCUAAGAGGAAAAAGUAUAUUAUAUAGUAACAUAUAUAUUACGUAUAUGGUCGUGACUGACUGGAAAAGAUGAGCGCCUCAAAUUCAACAGUGUCUGCUUGUGAACCUUUACCAGUUGUCGAUGUACAAGGCGACAGACGGUGGAUUAAUGUCCAUGAAAGAUUCCUCAGUGAGUCUGUGGAAAAGGAACCAGAUGUUUUAUUUCUUGGAGAUUCGAUAUUUCAACAUCUCGCUCAGACUGAGGUUUGGUGCAAGAUGUUUGAACCACUGCACUCAUUGAACUUUAGUAUCGGAGGUGACCAGACACAGAACUUACUGUGGAGGAUAUGUAAUGGGGAACUGAAUGACAUUCAGCCAAAAAUAAUCGUUAUUUUGGUUGGAACCAACAACCAUGACCACACUGCUGAAGAAGUCUGUGAAGGAAUCAUGAAGAUCGCUCAGACAAUCGCUGAGAAACAACCUCAAAGUAAUAUAAUAGUUAUGGGUAUCCCACCACGGGGUAAGUUUCCAAACCCAUUGAGAGACAAGAUAAAACAGAUCAACAAGCUGCUCUCAACACAGGUCAGUUCAGUGCCCAACGCCAGCUACCUGCACGUCGACGAGCAUUCAUUUGUUAACCAUGUAAACGGGACCAUCAGCCAUCAUGAUAUGUACGACUACCUUCACUUCACAAGGACCGGCUACCAAAAGUUGUGUGAACCCCUCUGGGAGGAGAUUCAGCAACUGAUGCAGACGUAUGUCAAAGUGGAAAGCACCUCAGCCGACACUGCUUCCAUCGCAGGAGAGCUUGCUUCUGACAGGACUAUAUAACACAACAACAAUAACAACUAGCAACAACAAAAAACAUGAGUGCAGCACCAACUCCUCCUCCCUCCUCUUUCCUGCUUCUUUCUUUCUCAUUCCCUCUCUUUUUCUCUCCCUCUUUCCCUCUCUGUUUCGUAUUUUUUGUUUGUUGUUGAUUUUUUUUCUUUUGAUUUAAAAAAUCAUUUUUUUUCCCCUUUUCUCAUUAGAAUGAUGCAUAUAUGUGUGUAUAUGUAUAAAAUAUGUGUGUAUAUGUAAAUAUACGCACACAUACACACACAAAAACAUAAACUUCUGUUCUUGCAUGUACAUAUAUAUAUAGGCAUACAUGUGUGUGUGUGUGUAUAUAUAUAUAUAUAUAUAUAUACACAUACAUACAUAUGCACAUACACACACGUAUAUACAAAUGAAUAUAUACAUACACAUACAUGGACGUGUAUAAGUAUGUGUAUACACACUUAAAUACACUACAUUCUACAUACAAUGCAUGUUCUAGGCUGUACCCGGGUAUAUAUAACCAAACAGAACACCCAACCAUUUGGCAACCGACAUAAUCCACCUGACCACUACUCCCUGGUCACUGAUGCUAAUGUGUGGAUGGAGAAAGAGAUGUGUUUUAUCUCUCUCUUUCCUUUGGUGACUGCUUCUAAGUGUUAUCUAUCUGUGUGUGUGUGUGUCUCUGUAUUUCAUAUAUAUAUAUAUAUAUAUAUAUAUAUAUAUAUAUAUAUAUAUAGUCAUUUCCCAGUGUUUUCUUCUCUCCUCCCUAUCUUCUCUUUCUUUCUCUCAAACUACCAGCCAGUAUUAUCUCUAUCUCUCUCUCUCCUCUCUUUCAUCUCUCCUUCCUUCAAACUAUCACCCUGUUUUAGGUCUCUCUCUCUCCCUCUCUUUUUCUCUUUGCAGUAUUAUCUCUCUUUCUUUGUCUUAAGUUGUCUCCCAGUAUUACUUUUCACCCCCACCCCCACCCCCCACUUCUGUCUGCAAUAUUAACUCUCUCUGUCUCUCUUCUUCUUCUCUCUCUCUCCGAAGGUCAAUCUGGACUUGUGGACAGUCCACCAUUCUCUCUCUUUCUCACUCACAUUUAGACCCAUCUCACCCGGCCCUGCUAUCACCUACCAUUACCACUUUCACUACCACCACCGUUGUCUGUCUCAGAAAUUUGUCCCUUUUUUUCCUCCUCCUCCCAGCCACAAAUCACUACCAACCCUAACAACAGCAAAGACCUCAUCAUUUCAAACUUCCCCAAAUUUCCAGCACACAUCUAUCCCUACUAAAACUGUCUAUAACCCGACUCACCCCGCCCCCCACCAACACCGUGCGCUUUCCUCGUCUCUCCUUCCUAUCCUCCCCUGUCCCACUCCUAAUGCAGUCGAUGACACCCUUCACCCCGCAGGAACUCGAACUGGUGUCGAUCGAACUUGCUCCAGUCAGGCUGAGGGCAGACUGCAAAGGUUACAAUGGUUGUCUCCCUUGCUAUUACUCAGCUUAACAAAUUAAAAACGUUCUACAAUAUUAUAUAUUCUAAGCAUGUAUAUAUAUGUAUGUGUGUAUAAAAACACACAAACACUCACAUGAAUUAUGUACAUUAAAUAUACGGCGUACAUGUAUGUAUAUAUAUAUAUAUAUAUAUAUAUAUAUAUAUGUGUGUGUGUGUAUAUAUAUAUAUAUAUAUAUAUAUACACAUACACACAAACACACACAAGUAUUACGUACAUUAAUUAUACAGUGUGUGUAAAUAUAUAUAUAUAUAUAUGUAUAGUGGAACCUAUACAAACAUGGAUGUAAAUUUAUGAUUGGAAACAUGCAUAUAUGUUAUACAUUCAUCUCAAAAAGAUAAUGUGUGUGUGCGUGUGCAUGUGUAUUUUCUAUACACGCUAAUCUCAUUGUAAAUUCUAUCUCCAGUUCCUAAGAGGAUAGAGUUGCGGGGGGGGGGGCUACGGGCACCAUUCCUGCCUCUCUUGACCAUAUUCCACACCACAAAUACAAAUACAUAAUUACAUAUGCAUACACACACACAUAUAUACAUACAUAGGCAUUACAUGUAUAAAUACACACACAGAUUAUAUAUAUAUGUAUGUAUAUAUAUAUAUAUAUUAUACACAUUAUUAUAUAACCAUGCAAACACCAAAAGGAAAAUCAAUAUUAUGUGAUUGCAAACACCAUUGUUUAUACAGAGGUGAUAAUACUGAAAAAAAAUAUAUAUCUAUAUAUCAAUUGUCAGUGAUUGAACAAUCUGAUAAUGCUGCUUCGCUAUGGUAACGACUGCAAUAUUAAUGUGAAACUGAUCCUUUGUUUUUUUUUUUUUUGUUUUUUUUUCAUUUAUUAUUAUUAUUAUUAUUAUUAUUAUUAUUAUUAUUAUUAUUAUUAUUAUUAUGUACUCUUCCUUUUAUAUUUUGUGUGAGUUUUUUUUUUUUUGAUGUGCAAGGUUAGGCAUUUUUUUUUGUAAUUAUCUAUCAUCAUUGUCAUUAUUAUUAUUCUUAUUAUUAUUAUUAUUAUUAUCAAUCAUCAUCAAGGUAGUAAGCUUGCAGAAUUGUUAGCAUGCCAGGCAAAAUGCCUAGUGGCAUUUUGUCUGUCUUUAUGUUCUGAGUUCAAAUUCUGCCGCGGUCAACUCUGCCUUUCAUCCUUUCAGGGUUGAUGAAAUAAGGACCAGUUAAGCACUGGGAUCGAUGUAAUCUACUAUCCCCCUCCCCACAAAUUUCAGGCCUUGUGCUUUUAGUAGAAAAGAUUAUCAUUAUUGUUAUUAUUAUUAUUAUUAUUAUUAUUAUUAUUAUUAUUAAGGCAGCGAGCUGGCAGAAUCAUUACCAUGCUGGAAAAAAAAUGCUUAGACGCAUUUCUUGUGACUUCACAUUCUGAUUUCAAAUUCCAUCAAGGUUCACUUUGUCUUUCAUCCUUACGGGGGUCGAUUAAUUAAGUACCAGUUGAGAACAGGGGUCAAUGUAAUUGACAUCCCUUCCUUUGAAAUUGCUGGCCUUGUACCAAAAUUUGAAAUCAUCAUUCAUUAUUACUAUUACUACAAUUAAGUUGGCAGAAUCGUUAGCACGCUGGACAAAAUGCUUAAGUGUUUCGCCCGUCGCUACAUUCUGAGUUCAAAUUCUACCAAGGCCAACUUUGCCUUUCAUCCUUUUAGGGUCGAUGAAAUAAGUACCAGUUACACACUGGGGUCGAUGUAAUAGACUAGUCCCCUUCCCCAAAAUUUCAGGCCUUGUGCCUAUAAUAGAAAGUAUUAUUAUUAUUAUUAUUAUUUAUUUGUAUUAUUAUUAUUGUUUAUUAUUAUUAUUAUUAUUAUUAAUAAAGUGGGAAAAUUGGAGUGUGUCUGAAAAAAAUGCCUAAAUAAAAUUCAUGAGCAUCUAAUUGUGAGAUCAAAUCCUGCCAGCACAAAUUUGCCUUUCACCCCUUGCUGGAAAAAUAAACUCAAAGUACCAGUGAAGUACCAAGAAGGAUGACAAAAAUCUCGAUAGCAUUGACUACUCUCCAAGGAAAUGUUUUGCCUUAUGGCUCAUUUAGAAAUCCUUAUUGCAAAUUGCAGAGAUUGCAUUCCAGUUUCAAAUCCUAGUUGUUUCCAGUAAGAUACAUAAUGGUAUAUAUGUAUAUAUGUGUGUGUGUGUGUGUAUAUGUACACACACACACAUAUAUAUAUGCACAUGCACACAUAAAAACACACACACACAUGCAUAUACAUACAUGUGUGUGUGUGUGUGUGUGUGUGUGUGUGUGUGUGUGUGUAUAUAUAUAUAUAUAAUAUAUAUAUAUAUACAUACAUACAUACAUAUAGAUGCACUGGUGUAUCUUGUACAACAUGGUACAUAAAGUUUAAUAAGAAGAAAAGAAAAUGGCGCUUACGUAUCAAUAAAUAUUUUGCAAAACAGCUUCAAUUGAA